AUUGCUCACUAAACGACUUCUAACAACUGUCUUAAAAAACAAUUUGACACCGUCCGACAUAAGUGAGCUAUCCGAGCGCGGAUUGGUCAACAGAGGUGUUACGUUACGCAAAAUAGAAAGUCCCUUGAAAGGUCAAUUUCCUGACUCGGGAAACGAAACAAGACACGAGCCUGUAGCUGCUCACCGCCUUGGAUGUACACCGAACGUUCUGGGGAAGCACAGAGCAAAAGGUUAUCGGUGAGCUAUUAUAAAUGAAAAAGCAAUUAAGCUGAUCGGUAAAUUGAAGGCAGACUGAAAACACGUUUGACAAAAGACAGGAAAAUUGAUCAGACGAACCGUACGCGCGUGUGGUGUAUAAAAGCUGCGGGUGUAAGUAACAGAGUACAGUUACUUUGCGCGACGAAAUCAUGGACAUGGACUACCAUCAUUUUGAAGGAACAGCUCCGGAGUCAUAUGCACUGUCACCUGAAGGCUCUGCCUGUAGCUCGAGUGGCUCAGAAACGAGUUUAAGCCCGACACCAUCGCCCCAAGCUGCCAUGUUUUACCCUCCAGGGCACAGACUUACACUCUCCUAUCACAAUCAUUGUCAGUCGUACAUGAAACGACUCUACACAAAUAGCAGAGAGCGGUGGAGGCAGCAACAUGUUAAUCUGGCGUUUGGUGAGCUUAGAAAACUACUUCCAACUUAUCCACCAGAGAGGAAACUCUCUAAGAACGAAAUCCUUAGACUUGCUAUGAAGUACAUCCGAUUUCUGGACGAUCUUCUCAAAGACAUGGGCGACAACAGCAAGCAGAAUCAAGAUUCACGCGAAGAUGUCACCGACAGAAAGCUUAAAGAAGAAAGACGAGAAAAUGUACAAUUACACUGCAAAAGACAAACCAACUCUUCUCUUUCAUUAAUGGAAGGAAUGGAAACAAAUGUUAUCGACUCCAGCGUGCCAUCGAUAUUUGACGCGCAUUAACCUUCUUUGAAGAUGUCUACAUUUUAAAACACGCACAGAUAGUUCACAUUUUCCGUAUUAACCGCGGCCUUAUGUGAUGAUAUCAGUCUUAUAUCUGACAAAUAAGAAACUCAGUGCUACACUGUCCAAGAAUUGUUGCAAACUGGAAUUGUAAAUGCUGUAAUUAUUUCUGAGACUGUUCUUUGUAAUCGUGUUUACUGUUAUCCUUUCUCUUAUGUAAAUAGUUUUUCCUCUCUGUUGUGUCUAGUUUGUUUGUUUAAGAGUUAAAUCGUCUCUUUAUUUGUAAUACGUUAGGAUGUUGAACCCUUCAAAACUAUUAUGUUUAUCUGUCCAGAGAUUUGCCAUCUAAAGAAACUGAGCGCUCUAAUUAAUAAACACUUUCUCUGAUCAAGAUCAUGUCAUAUUGUGCUAUCAUCAGUAUAUAUUUCCGCUUCUGUUUUAGUAAUUUUGGGGUUUUUAAGUAAAUAAAGAGUUCAAAAAUUGA